AUGGCUGACGCUCCGGUGACCCUGCGGACGCGCAAGUUUAUCCGCAACCCUCUUUUGGCCAGAAAGCAGAUAGUCGUUGAUAUCCUCCAUCCCAACCGCGCCAACAUCUCCAAGGACGAGCUCCGUGGAAAGCUCUCCGAGCUCUACAAAUCCAACAAGGAACAAGUCUCCGUAUUUGGUCUUCGCACUCACUAUGGUGGUGGUAAGACCACAGGCUUCGCGCUCAUCUAUGACUCGACCGAAGCCCUGAAGAAGUUUGAGCCGCGCUAUCGCCUCGUCCGCAUUGGAGCCGCUGAGAAGGUUGAGAAGGCCAGCAGACAGCAACGCAAACAAAGAAAGAACCGAUCGAAGAAAUUCCGGGGUACGGAAAAGACCAAGGGACCAAAGAAGGACAAGAAGAAAUAA